AUGGCGCGUAUGUACAUUCGUCUGAUCAAGAAGGUAAUGCUCAGGGGCGAUAUUGUGCUUGGAGGCUGGUCAUUUGGCGGCAUUCUAGCUGUCCAGAUUGCGCACAUGUUAGCCAUGGAAAACAAAAGGCUUCGCGUCUCUGGCAUUAUUUUGGUGGAUUCGAUUUAUUCUAGUACUCCAAAACGUGUGCUCGAUAUGGAUUCACAAGGACCAAUGAUGCCUGGUGUUACUCAAGAUGUCAAGGAAAAGGUCCUCACGUCUUUGAUCCGGGCUACUUGUUUGUGCGACGAGUGGCAACCGCCAGCUUGGAACACUACUGAUGCCAAGUUUCAUGGCAAGAAUGUUCCAAUUCCACCACCGGUCGUGCUAGUUCGCGCAAAGUCUCUCGUUCCGAUGGUGAAUCCAAAUGAGAUGUGCUUGCUAGACAAGACCCGAAGUAUGCCGUACUUGGGCUGGGAGGAUGCCUACGAAGACUUUAUCAUAAAGGUUUUGGAAACCUGUGGAGAUCAUUACAGCAUCUUUGAUACACCCAAUGUAUCAUCUAUCACAUCCUGCAUGUGCAAGGCAUUGGAAUUGGUCAAGGUGGGAUGA